UUUUGUUUCGAGAGUCAGUUUCAGUUUUAUUUUGAUUCUAUUUUUAGAAGAAAGAUAUUCAAAAUCAAUUGAUCCUAUUUGUGCAUUUCAUUCGAAUGAAUAAUCUGAAUUUCAAGUGUAAUCGUUAAACAACGAGUAAAAUGUAAAAAAAAUAGAAGGAACAGAAAGCAUUCUGAUGCGAAAGUACAAAAUAGAUGACAUUGUACAGUGUACACCUGCGCAACGUAUGUGCUCGUUGGCAUUGUUUGGAAUAGCGACUGGGAGUGUAGCGUAUAAUUUUAAACGAUAAAAAAAACCACUGGAAAUGGCAACUGAAGACGGUUCGAAAACAAGAACGUUAGCAAUCGCAAUCGGUUGGCUUACAUUAAUUAUAAGUGUGGCUCUGUUUUUUAUAGUGACUCAGGCUAUUUUUCCGUGGCUGGAAAUUUACGGACAAAUCAUGCUCAUCAUCAUUUGCUCUCCAUUUUGGCUGUUCAAUUUUAUAUGGAUUUUUGGGGCUCUAUUUAAUAAACCGAUGCUCAUGUUGAUCGCAUUAGCUGGAUGGAUUUUUCCGGCUGCUAUUUGUCUAUCUUGCGCAUCCAAGCUCAUUUUUGAAAAUCCGAAAAAGGAUAAAUUGCUAUUCGCAUGUUUCCCAAUGAGUUUCUUUGGCAUUUAUAUCAUCGCCGUAUUUUGCUAUUGCUCGAUGAAAAGUGCAGCUAUUCGAAGGAAAUCUAAUACUAUGCGAUUAAAUAUAAAAUAUGAAGUUCCACAAGGCAAUGUUGAACAGAAUGAAAAUAUUGAUCAAAUUUGAA